UACGCUUUCUUCUGCUGCCUCCCCACCUAACCCAGACGGUACCAGCCUUUGCAAUUUCGCAGAUCAAACCUCGCCGACCACGUGUUUGCCAAAAGUUGCCUCUUGCCUGUAUUGCCCUUUUGCGCGUAGCCCCCUGCAAGUUCCUCCGCCUCCCUCACGGGCCCUUCGCCGGAGCUUGCCAUAUGAAUGGUCAAACCCCGAUGGGGCUCGCCGCCGCCGCAGCCGCAGCAGUGAGGCCGUGCAGCCGGCGCCUCCUCUCGUCCGCCUCCACCGCGACGUCAAAGACGGCGGCGGGCACCGCGACCCCGCUCUUCCCCAGAUUGCCCCACCCGCACCACCCCCCGUGCGGCCGGCGCCUCCCCUUCCUGGUAUCUGCGGCGUCGCAGUCGCAGGCCUCGCAGACCGGCCCGGAUGCCCCGCCCACCCACAUCCCCUCCGACCCCCGCGCCGCCGUUUCCGGCAACCUCCCCUUCUUCGACCGCGUCCUCUUCCCGGACUCGUUCCCGCUUGAGACCCCGGCCGCCAAGGAGGACGAGGACGCGGCGGCGGCCCAUGCCGAUGAGGCGGUGGCGCCGGCGCCUCCCGUGAGGGAGGAGACGGAGACUGAGAGGGAGGCAUGGAGGCUGCUGCGGAGGGCGGUCGUCAGCUACUGCGGCGAGCCAGUGGGGACGGUGGCGGCGGAGGACCCCGAGUGCACGGAGACGCUCAACUACGACCAGGUCUUCAUCAGGGACUUCGUGCCCUCUGCACUCGCCUUCCUCAUGCGCGGCGAGACCGAGAUCGUCCGCAAUUUCCUUCUCCAUACUCUCCAACUUCAGAGCUGGGAGAAAACUGUUGACUGUUACAGCCCUGGGCAAGGAUUGAUGCCAGCCAGCUUCAAGAUUAGGACCGUACCACUUGAUGAGAACAAUGAAGGAUUUGAGGAGGUCUUGGACCCGGAUUUUGGUGAGGCAGCUAUCGGCCGUGUAGCUCCUGUCGAUUCUGGACUGUGGUGGAUUAUUUUGCUGAGAGCUUACUGCAAGAUUACAGGGGACAAUGAUUUGCUAGAAAGAGUUGAUGUGCAGACGGGAAUUCAACUGAUACUGAGUUUGUGUUUGUCUGAUGGGUUCGACAUGUUCCCAACUUUACUAGUUACAGAUGGAUCAUGCAUGAUAGACAGGAGGAUGGGAAUACAUGGACAUCCUCUUGAAAUCCAAGCUUUGUUCUACUCUGCUUUACGAUGCUCACGAGAAAUGCUUGUUGUGAAUGAUGGGUCAAAAAACCUCAUCCGUGCCGUUAACAACAGGCUCAGUGCAUUGUCCUUUCAUAUAAGAGAAUACUACUGGGUUGACAUGAAGAAGAUAAAUGAGAUAUACAGAUACAAGACAGAAGAAUACUCCCAUGAUGCAACUAACAAAUUCAACAUUUACCCUGAGCAAAUCCCUUCCUGGCUUGUUGACUGGAUUCCUGAGAAAGGAGGUUACCUUAUUGGGAAUCUGCAGCCAGCUCACAUGGAUUUUAGGUUCUUCUCUCUUGGCAACCUUUGGGCCAUAGCAUCAUCUCUAACUACUCCAAAACAAGCUGAGGGAAUUCUUAGCCUUAUUGAAGAAAAGUGGGAUGAUCUUGUAGCAAAUAUGCCCCUCAAGAUAUGCUAUCCUGCAAUGGAAGAUGAUGAAUGGCGCAUUAUUACUGGCAGUGAUCCUAAGAACACCCCAUGGUCAUAUCAUAAUGGUGGAUCUUGGCCAACCCUGUUGUGGCAGUUCACAUUGGCGUGCAUAAAAAUGGGCAGACCAGAAUUGGCUCGGAAGGCCAUUGCUGUGGCUGAGGACAGACUCUCAGACGACAAGUGGCCGGAGUACUAUGAUACCCGGUCUGGAAGGUUCAUUGGGAAGCAAUCAAGAUCUUAUCAGACAUGGACUAUUGCUGGUUUUCUGACUUCAAAGAUGUUGCUGGAGAACCCAGAGCUGGCUUCUAUUCUGACCUGCGAUGAGGACCUUGAGCUGCUUGAAGGCUGUGCUUGUUGCCUGUCUAAGAAGAGGGCUAGGUGCUCACGCCGUGUGGCCAAGUCACAUGCUGGGUAAAACCCCAAAGCUCAUGCUGUUCCUUCUGCCGUGGAUGCACGAUGUAUACUACUGUUAGGAUUAACCCUGAGACGGAGAGACUCUUCACAUGUACAUUAGUAUAGGUUAUGUUAGAUAUCCAUCCAUUCAUUUCCUCAGUGGCCGCUCGAUCUUUUUUGCUGAGCUGCCACUGAUGGGAACUACCCUGGGUGACACCAGUGGUCGAAAGAAGAGAGCAAAACAUAUUCAGAGUUUGUGCUCUCAUGUA